AAUGCUGGUGAAAUAGAGCAUUUAACCUUGAUCCGUAGCAGUUUCGAUAGUAUAUAAGGUUUCACUGACACCGUUUCAGCAUCAGUUCUUCUUUGCGUCUCCAACAUGAAAUUUAUCGUCUUAGCUGCCCUCUACGCCGUGGCACUUGCUGCCCCGCAGUACAACUAUGCAGCCCCUAGCGACUCAUCCUCCUCAGAGGAGGAGGUCAGCGAACGAGUGGUAGUCCAGAGAGACGACUCCGGGGAACGUGUGGCCAUCCUCAGGGACGAAAGAGUCAUGGAGGAAGACGGAAGGUUCAACGUAGAAUUCGAAGCUGAAAACGGAAUCCACUUCGCCAAGGCUGGUUCCCCCGAAGCCGAGAACGGCGCCGUCAUUCAAGCUGGACAAUAUUCAUACACUGCUCCUGAUGGCACCGAAGUCCUUGUGAAGUUCGUAGCGAAUGAAAACGGAUACCAACCCCAAUCCGACCUCUUGCCGGUGGCUCCCGAAUUCCCCCACCCAAUCCCUCAGUUCGUCCUCGACCAGAUCGCCUUCGCUGCUUCAGAAGACGCCCUUCGUGCUCGUGACGACUCACGGGAAGCACCAGCCACAGCCUAUGGCGCACCUCAGUAACACGCUUCAGGAAAUAUAUACCAGUUGUAUAUUGUCCAAUAUUUAUGUGUAAUUUAUCUAACUUCAAUAAAGCUGAAAUUCAUAA